AGAUGGCCGUCACCAAACCACACAACAACAAGCUCUCUCACAUUUAAGACUUUAUAACCCCUAAAAAUGGCUGAUACAGGUCAACAAAACACCUCCAAUACAUCAGGACUAGACCUAUUAUCUGAAGCUUUGGGAGAAAGUGGUUUAAAUCUUGAAGAACCGUUGGAUUUAUUCGAUACUUCAGAGUCAACCACGCUGUCAAGUUACGAUGGUUUUGACUACYUUAGUGUACUGAAUGACUUGAAUUCAUUGACAAAUACUACAACAGCACCACCUACACUCAAUCAACCGGUUGCCCAGAGUGUGCCUUUAGAGUUGAACUUAGAGCAGACGGAAAAUUUAUUUUCAAGACCUCAACCAGUUUCCACACAACAAGGCUUGCAAGUUCAGAGUAUUGCAGCUUCUGAACCUUCGAAUGUUCAAGUUCCGGUCGUACCUGCUCAAUCUACAAGGCUUUUACAACAAAUUCUCUCUCAAAAUGCAUUAAAUACGAGUGCUCAGAGACAGACUUUUGGUAAUUCUUCAACUCGGAUGAUCGAUUUGGCGAGUACUUCGAGUUCUGUUCGCAGUAAUCAGAUACAAUGGGGAACCAGCUCUAUGUUGUCUAAAACGAAUCUAAAUGAACAAGGAAAAAAAGAAUUGACGAAAAGGGAWGUGUUAAGAUUGUGGUCGAAUGAGGAUAUUACCAGAAACAGCAAGCUGGAGGAUCAAGUAGAUUCUACUGAAUCAGUAGAUGCAGAAGACGAAGAUGAAGAGGAAGAUCUUGGGUAUACUGACACUUAUGCCGAGUAUAUGCCCAGUAAAUUAUCUUUUGGGAGGCGACAUCCAGAUCCUGUAGUAGAAACCAGUUCUUUAGCCAGUGUUUCUCCACCCAAUGUCUGGUACAGAUUGAAACUACCUCAAGAGGUGAUAGACAAAGGGUUACUAUCGGCACUACAGCUAGAAGCUGUCGUGUAUGCAUGCCAAAAACAUGAAAUUUUUCUGCCUAAUGGUUCAAGAGCUGGAUUUCUAGUAGGUGAUGGUGCAGGAGUAGGGAAAGGAAGGAUUGUUGCAGGGAUUAUUUAUGAAAACUAUCUUCUUGGAAGAAAAAGAGCAAUAUGGUUGAGUGUGUCAAAUGAUUUAAAACAUGAUGCUCACAGGGACCUCAAGGAUAUUGGGUGCCACAUCCAUGUUAAUUCUUUAAACAAAUUUAAAUAUGAUGUAAAGUUAUCAGCCAAGUCCAUGGGCGGCAUCAAGAAAGGUGUCGUAUUUGCAACAUACUCAUCUCUCAUUGGUGAAAGUCAAAGUGUAGGAAAGUACAACACAAGACUAAAGCAGCUAUUGCACUGGUGUGGAUCAGACUAUGAUGGAGUUAUUAUUCUUGAUGAGUGUCACAAGGCUAAAAAUCUUGUUCCAACUGGUUCAUCCAAGCCGACCAAGACUGGUCUGACAGUACUAGCACUACAGAACAGCCUACCCAAAGCAAGAGUCGUAUAUUGUAGUGCUACAGGAGCAUCAGAGCCCAAGAACAUGGCUUACAUGUCACGUCUGGGUAUUUGGGGCACGGGGACACCAUUUGGUGAAUUCAAUGAAUUCAUUCAAGCUGUGGAACGAAGGGGUGUUGGAGCAAUGGAAAUUGUUGCCAUGGACAUGAAGCUCCGUGGAAUGUACAUGGCUCGUCAACUCAGCUUUGCAGGAGUUGGUUUUGACAUCAAAGAUGUCUGUCUUAGUCAAGACUUCAUUGACGUGUAUGAUGCUGCUGUAAAUCUGUGGGUUGAAGCRCGUGAAAAGUUCGAGAAAGCAUCAGACUUGAUGGAUGCUGGUARUAAGUUCAAGAAGACAAUGUGGGGACAGUUUUGGUCAGCACACCAGCGGUUUUUCAAGUAUCUAUGUAUUGCAUCCAAAGUCAAAGCUGUGGUGGAGAUAGCAAGAAGAGCAAUAGACAUUGGCAAGUGUGUUGUGAUUGGUCUACAAUCAACUGGAGAAGCAAGAACAUUAGAACAAUUAGAAGAAGCAGGAGGGGAGCURACAGACUUUGUCUCAACAGCCAAAGGUGUAAUCCAGACUUUAGUUGAUAAACACUUCCCUGCCUCAGACAAGAAGAAGAUGGCUGACUUUCAGGGCAUUAAAGAUUCAUACUUGAAUGGUUCAAGGUCUGAGGUGUCAUCACCUGUACCACAGAAGAAACGAAAACUAAAUAGUAGUGUGAAGAAACCCAAGUCUGGUCUUGAGCGUAUCUUUGACUUGAGUAGUGGAUCUGAAAGUGAUUCCAGUGAUAAUGGUAUGGAUGUAAGUAAAGAGAAUGAAGACAGCCUGGAUUCCAUUGAGUCUGAUGUCAAUAAUCAGUCAUCUGCCAACGAGUCUGAUUCUGGUGAGGAUGACUUUAAUCCUUUUGGUGGCUUUGAGUCAGAUCAAGAAGACCCUUGGUUGAAUCGUAAAGUUAAAAAGAAGUCAAAAAGCAAGCCCCGUAGGGAGAGUCCAAGCGUGGGUAAUCCUAACAUCAACACAGCACUAGCGGCAGCAGGUCUUAGCGUGUCUACACCCAUCUGGAAUAGACCAGUUAAUGGAAUACCGAACCUUUCCUCCRUCAGGACAGCAAGCCCUACUCCGUUUUCUAUAAACACUGGUCAGUCAACCGGGAACCCGAUGGCCAGAAUACAACAGCAGAAUCUUCAUCAAUCCCAGAGUGCCCCAGUACUAUCAUCCUUACUACAGAAGGCUGAAGGUAGUCCCACGUUAGGAUCAGCUGGUGAUCAGUGCUGUGCUAUGAAGAAAGAACUACUGGAAAAGAUAGAAAAACUGGGAARGAUCUUGCCUCCUAAUACACUAGAUGAGCUGAUCAACUCUUUAGGAGGACCUGAUAAUGUCGCUGAGAUGACAGGUCGUAAAGGACGAGUGGUCAGUCAUGAGGAUGGCAGUGUAAGCUAUGAAUCCAGAAGCAGACAGGACGUAUCUUUAGAAUUUCUAAACAUUGAAGAGAAGAAGCGCUUCAUGAACGGAGACAAGCACGUUGCUAUUAUCUCAGAGGCGGCAAGUUCUGGUAUAUCACUACAGGCAGACCGAAGGGUCCAGAAUCAAAGGCGAAGGGUUCACAUCACUCUUGAGUUACCUUGGAGUGCUGAUAAAGCUAUUCAACAGUUUGGACGGUCGCAUCGAUCAAACCAGGUCAGUGCUCCAGAAUAUAUAUUCCUCAUCUCGGAACUGGCUGGCGAGAGACGAUUCGCAUCUAUUGUAGCCAAACGACUUGAAAGCUUGGGAGCAUUAACACACGGAGACAGACGCGCCACCGAAUCACGUGACCUCAGUAGAUACAACUUUGAUAACAAGUAUGGUCGUGCGGCUCUAGAGACUGUUCUCAAGUCUGUUCUUGGUCACGUUACUCCUAUGGUUUCUCCACCGUCCGAAUAUAAAGGCAACUUCUUUAAUGAUGUACGUGUCGCUCUUCUUGGUGUUGGCCUGGUGACAAAGGAUGAGCGAGGCUCUUACAAUAUGCUUGACAAAGAUUACACCAACUUAUCGAGGUUUCUCAACCGUAUCCUGGGUGUUACGGUACGAUUACAGAACAGUCUGUUCGUGUAUUUCAUGGAUACUCUUGCAGCUGUCAUCCAACAGGCCAAGAGGGAUGGACGAUGGGAUGAGGGGAUUGUUGAUCUUGGGUCACAAGGAGAAGAAGUGACAGAACUUAGUGUUCAAACAUUCGUUGGCAGCAAGACGAUGGGAACUGCCACCACUGAACUACACACUGUAUGUGUAGAGCGUGGCAUGUCAUGGGAAGAAGCCUACAAUAUGUCACUCAGUCAAACUGAUCCCAACGAAGGAUUCUACGUAUCACACCAGGUUCGAAAUGAUAAACGGAUAGCUAUUUUCGUGGUAUCUCAAAACAACAAGAAGAAAGUGUAUGGUGUGUAUCGACCCAACACAAGGCUUCAGUCCAAACAAGAAACAAUAAAUGACAUCAAGAAAAAGUACAAAAAGGUUACAUCAUCGGAAGCCAAGCCGUAUUGGAUAUCUCAGUUCGAAUCUUCCUUCUCUCAAUGCAGCCAUGCAUAUUGGAAAGGAAACUGUAAGAGAUCAACACUUGGUUUAUCGUGUGAAGUUGGUCUUCGUCGUCGUUCGUACAACAUCCUGAGUGGUUCAGUACUAAGUGUGUGGAGUAAAGUAGAAAGUGUACUUGCAGGGCAGUCUGGGAGUAAUUCCAAGGUCCAGAUAAUACGAUGUAAACGAAGUGAUGGCGGGAAAAUUGUGGGAUGUCUCAUUCCCAGCAACUGUGUUCCAGCGCUUGCAAGAGCUUUGUCUCCACUCGAUKACGGCCAAACAGAAGCAAUAGAGAUUUUAUAGAGCUUAGAUUACAACACAGGACGUCCGAUGAAAGAAAUGCUCCACGACGUACUUGUUGAAAAAGGAACGAUGUUGGUUAGCUACCUAGAACGUCCUUGGAACACAAACCAAGCCAUCACUGGAAUUGAAUUAUUGGAGGUGUUUAACGGCGUAGUGUUGUACACCUCGUUAUGUACUUCGAAACCACAGCUUCUGUGAACAUGUCGUUCGUUUCUUUGCUUAUGUGGUUUUGAGAUAMAGGCUCACGCAUUGCAUUAGUAACAUUUUCCAUACGUCCAUAAGAUAAAUAARCUUGAACAAUAUGUCAGCAGCCAUGUUGGAUGACAGAGCUUUGUCCUCCAACAUGGAUCCGCAAGCUGGUGCACCAUAGUUGUCCCAUACUAACACAUACAUAUGGUAAUUUAUUACAAAGAGGGCACAUAUAUUUUGUAGAAAUAAUGCUCGCAAUAUGCGAUGACAUUUAAAAGUAUGUCGGCUGUGUAAAAUACGUUGAUGUUUAUCGUUUUGAUAAGAAAAACUAGAAAAUUUGAUAUUUGGGUUUCGGCGAAGCCAUGACAAAUAUCAUAUGCCCAUUAGAUAUUAGAUAAAUAUAUUGACAAAAUCCUUUUAGAAGGAAAUUGUUUUUGACUUUUCAGAGGAGAGUUGUUUGAGGGAUGUCGUUUCGAUUCUUCACUGCAAUAUAAAUUUACAAGUGAAAAAACUGCAGUUCACGAAGUGUAAUUUCCCAUACGACGACCUGUUUAAGAGCAUAAAAUUGGCGGUUCCACUUCUACUUGUGCUGUCCAUGCCUUCGCUAGGUUACGAAGGUUAUUUAGAUAUUAUUCUUAGUGGAUGUAAAUAUGAAUAUGGUGUUUCACACCCACUCAAGCCCCUCGACAAACGUUGUUGGCUGUUACACAAGAAUUUACAUUUAAGUUCCAAACUUUCUUCUAUAUUUAGUUUCUAUAAAGCAAUUCUUGAAAGUUCAGCGGCUGAUUUCCAGGCGUUUGACUUUAAGCCUAGCAACCAACCGCUGGCCUAGAUCUUUGUCCUUAACAUCAAUGUAUUUAUUCAAGUCAUUUCCGGAUUUGGUCACGUGAAUGCGAGGUCACAUGACUUUGUUUUUUUUGAUAUCUUGCCUAGAAAUUACGUUAAAAAGUAUUAUACAUGUACUCGUUGGAAAUCAAGAAAACAACGUUCAAACGAUUAAAGAGAAUAACUUUGAAGAUAAAGAUUCCUUACAGUAUCUAUUAGCCAUUCCGAGGUUGAGAAAAAAUAAGUUGAGUUAGCAUGGUAAUGUAUUGAGGACUGUUUAGGGGACAAAAUAGACACCMUUUUGGAAUAAUACGUCAACCUCACAAUGGCUAAUAGUAUGGGAGGGGUGACAGGUGCAUUGGUGGUGAGGAAGGGGUGGGUGGUGUAGUAUGUAUGUAGAUAACAGUAGUAUCAGARGUAGAGCAGUAUUCGCAUGACUGUGGGAAGCUCACGGCACGAACACGGCCAUGACACGGCAAGGCAUACGCCAGACCCGAAUCAAAGUCUAGAAAACAUCACGGCAAAGCACGCAUACGGCACCGACGUUUUCACAGUCAGAAAACUGCUCUAAAGAGAAUAGCGUCAGUGAUGACUGCGAUCAUAGAUAUCUUGUACCAUGAAGUAAUAUCAUCCGCUUGGAAUAUUAGAACAAUGCAGCGCUCAUAAUCUUUAUCUUUUCUGCACUAAGAUGAGCAAUACGUCAAGGGGAUCUUACUACAUUAAAUAAACGACACGGCAAUUCAAA